CAUGAUGUUCACCAGCUAGUCGCUAACUGUGUCUGUUGCCAGUUCGGUGCUGAGCAGGUAAUUUACAGUGGGUUUACCAGAGCUUUUUCCACUGAAAACAGCUGUCUGUUACUGGAAAAGAGGUUGAUGAGAGCGGAGAGAGUGAACCAAAGCAGUAGAGUUGCAGCCAUAAAACCGAAACAACGACCUGAAAGAAGCUAAAUUGCUCUGUCUGAGUCGGGGUCAGGUGAUAAUUCUCUGUGGGUUUCACCUCUACAAACCAGACCUUUCAUAGUCAUUUGAUCUAUUAAUAAUUCAAAAAUAUUGAUUAGUGCAGCUUUAAAGUCUUAGGGGCCAUAGAAAUGUCCCCCUUAAAAGAUAGUGCUCCACCUGUGGCCUCCUGGAUUCAUCCCACCUCCCUCCCCACUACUAUUCUCAGUUCAUUUGGGCUUUAUUGGCAUGGGAACCAGAUGUUAACAUUGCCAAACAUGUGUAAAGUGAAAACAACACUACCAAGGCCAUAUUAUACAAAGCGGAUAUUUGCUUCUACUUUUCUUGCAAAAGGCUGACUUUUAACAUCCAGGCACGGCCCAUGUGAAUUUCCUGUUUUGAAGAGAACCAAGCACUGAACUGCAAAUUCAUCAAAAUCCCAGGACAAUGACUCAGUAGCUUGAAAUGAGCCGACUUGUGGCUGCCUGGGGGCACACUGUGAUUUGGUCUCAGUUUCUCUCCGGAGCGGCUUCGUCGCCUUUUUUUUUUUUUUUUUUUUUUUUUUUUUUUUUUUAUCGCGCAGUGUACCUUUAAAAGGUUGAACUCGCCGGUGAACGGUCUGCGAAGACUGGAUUGUUUUCCCACUCGGCUCAGCUGUGCGUAUCUUCCAUCAGUGACAUGGCAUAGAGGCGGUGUGCUGUCAACAGCAUCCUGCAGCACCAUGGACGCUCUCCCACAGCCGAAGCGGAGCGGAGCCUUCGCCGCGCUGGACACCAUGAUGCCCGUUUGGAUAUUACUGAGCGCGGUGUCGGGACUGAAGGCGGAGGACGACGGAAUGGAAGAACUUACCACCGAGAAGGAGGCUGAGGAAAGUCACCGACAGGACAGCGUUAAUUUGCUUACAUUCAUUUUACUGCUGACCUUAACGAUUCUCACCAUAUGGCUCUUCAAGCACAGACGGGUCCGUUUCCUUCACGAAACCGGACUGGCAAUGAUUUACGGAUUGCUGGUCGGUGUGAUUCUGCGGUACGGCAUCCCUGCCACCAGCUACCACAACAAGACACCGCCGAGCUGCUUGCUGAAGGAAGGACCUGUCAGCACCCUGCUGCUUAAUGUCAGCGGCAAGUUCUUUGAGUACACCCUCAAAGGGGAGAUCAACUCCAGAGAGAUUCACAAUGUGGAGCAGAAUGAUAUGCUGCGCAAGGUGACAUUUGACCCUGAAGUAUUCUUCAACAUAUUGCUGCCUCCAAUAAUUUUCCAUGCUGGGUACAGUCUAAAGAAGAGACACUUCUUCAGGAAUCUGGGCUCCAUCAUAACCUAUGCGUUUCUUGGCACUGCCAUCUCAUGUUUUGUUAUUGGCAAUCUGAUGUACGGUGUGGUCAAACUGAUGCAAGUGGUCGGACAGCUAACUGACAAGUUCUACUACACUGACUGCCUUUUCUUUGGUGCCAUUAUCUCUGCCACAGACCCAGUGACGGUGUUGGCCAUCUUUAAUGAGCUCCACGCAGAUGGGGAUCUCUACGCUCUGCUGUUUGGAGAAAGUGUUAUGAAUGACGCUGUGGCCAUUGUGCUUUCCUCGUCUAUUGUGGCCUAUCAGCCCAGUGGAGCAAACACACACAUGUUUGAUGCUGCAGCCUUUUUCAAGUCAGUGGGGGUUUUCCUGGGGAUUUUCAGCGGCUCCUUUGUGAUGGGUGCUGCCACAGGAGUUGUCACCGCUCUCGUCACCAAGUUCACCAAGCUGCACUGUUUCCCGCUACUGGAGACGGCCCUCUUCUUCCUCAUGUCCUGGAGCACCUUCCUGCUAGCCGAAGCCUGCGGGUUCACAGGCGUCGUGGCCGUGCUGUUCUGUGGCAUCACGCAGGCUCACUACACCUACAACAACCUCUCUGAAGAGUCCACAAAACGCACCAAGCAGCUCUUUGAGGUCCUGCACUUCCUGGCUGAGAAUUUCAUCUUCUCCUACAUGGGUUUGGCUCUGUUCACCUUCCAGAAUCACAUUUUCAGCCCCAUUUUCAUCAUAGGGGCUUUUAUUGCCAUAUUCAUCGGAAGAGCUUUCAACAUUUACCCGCUCUCCUUCCUCCUGAACCUCGGCAGAAGGCACAAGAUCAAGGGAAACUUCCAGCAUAUGAUGAUGUUUGCAGGUCUGCGUGGGGCGAUGGCGUUCGCCUUGGCCAUCCGGGACACGGCCACCUACGCCCGCCAGAUGAUGUUCACCACCACGCUGCUCAUUGUCUUCUUCACUGUCUGGGUGUUUGGUGGAGGGACGACACCCAUGCUAUCCUGGCUACACAUCAGGGUUGGUGUGGACCCAGAUCAAGACCAGCAGCCCUGUGGAGACAGCUUCCAGGUCUUACAGGGGGAUGGCACCCAGGCUGAAGGACAAAGUAAAACCAAACAGGAGAGUGCGUGGCUCUUCAGACUGUGGUACACCUUUGACCACAAUUACCUUAAGCCCAUUCUGACACACAGCGGCCCGCCUCUCACCUCCACUCUGCCUGCCUACUGUGGGCCGCUGGCGAGCUGUCUGACCAGCCCCCAGGCAUACGAGAACCACGAGCAGCUGAGGGACCACGACUCCGACCUCAUCCGUAGCGAAGGCGACCUGACCUUCAUGUUCGGUGACACUGCCAUCACAGCCAACGGGGCGUCCGGGGGUGGGGGGGACGCAGCCGGAGGGUCGGGCUGGAGCGCGAAUGGCAAAAGGAGCGGCAGCACCUCAGAGGAGGCUCUGGAGCGUGAGCUGGACUCCCGCGAGCAGGAGCUGCUGAGCCGCGGCACGCGCCUAGUUUUUCCCAUCGAGGAUCACAUCUGACCCUCCCUUCCUUCCCUGCCUGCACCGUCAAACCACCCUGACCCGACCCCCAGACCGCCCCGCCCUCAGCUCUCUCCACAUCCUUUGAGCAGAGCACCCAGUCCUUCAGAGAUAAGAAGAGUGGAGAUAUGGGAGUAGACAAGAGGGGAGGGUUCAGGGCGACUCUGCGCUCCCUCCAGGCCCGGGAGCAGAGCUCAAGGAGCAUUUCAUCCUCAUUACAGAGCUGAAUUUUAUUCUCCAGGAGACGCGUCCUCUAGCGCGUCAGGAGAUGAACUCUCCAUGUUAUACUGUGAUUCAUGUUAUACUGUGAGUAAGUUUUUUGCUUCCUCUGCAUAAACAGAAGGGAAACCUUUUAUGCAGGAUAUGAGGACAGAAAAAAAAAAUCCUCAUGUGAGAUUAAGUCUGCACUUUUGAACAUGUGACACUGAGUGGAGAAGAAGUAGAGGAAUGAAAAAUUGCCUGGCAGCCCUUUCUGUCCUCAUGUGAUCUGACCACUUUAUCUUCACAGCAUAUCAGUGAGCACUGACAAAACGUCACACCGAAUCUAGAUGCUGAAAUGAGGCUACACUAACCAAACUUUAAUAGUUUACAGAUGAAACAGGAGUUCUCUGGUAAAUGUCAAUCAUUCAUCUGAAGCUGCUAAUAGACCGGUGUUUGCAUGGAUGCCCUUUGUUUCAUACAAAAGCAUCAGUGUGGAGGAGACUGUGGCAUGUGAGGACAACAGAGACGGACAGUGAAUGUGUUUCCCUCUCAGCCACCCACAGCCUGUCAUGGGUGAAGUUCGGGGUGAAGAAUCUGAGCGUGUAAAUAGCUACAAUGCAGAGCUUUGUUCCUCUUAAGUGAGACUGCUUCUUUCAAUGCAUUACAUUUCCCAUUACAAAUAGCACCUGCGUAUCUGGUCUGGGUCUUUGUCUGUGUACUGGGCUGGUUUUCACAAUAACGUGAAUAAGGAACGGAAGCGUUUUUGAUGCUAAUUAUAUUGAGAUAUAUGACAUAAUGCUGAUUUCCCAAAACAAGAGCAAUUUCAACACUAUAAAUAGUAUAAUAGUGUAAUUCUUUUGUAUAAUAUAUUGUCUACUGAUUUAAAAAAUAUUUCAAAUUAUCAGAUGCAUCCAUUUAUGUUGGGCUGCAACUAACUAAUUAUUUUCAAUAUCGAUUCAUCUGCGGAUGUUUUUCUCGAUUCAUUUAUUAGUCGUUUAGUCUAGAAAAUGUCAGAGCCCAAGGUGAUGUUUGUUUAAAUUGCUUGUUUUGGCCGAUCAAUAAUCUAAAAAUAUUCAGUUAACUUGUCACAUUGGAGAAGCCGGAACCAGUGAACGUUUGACAUUUUGGCACAUUUUUUGUCAAGACUAAUCGAUUACUUGAUUGUUUCAGCUCUACAUCUAAGCGACAUUUAGUAAGUUGUAUGGUGACGUGUGCUUGGGUUGCGUCCAUGAAGGGGCAGAUCUUCAAUAUCUACCAUUUAAUAAGAUUUAUCUGACAACUUGAAACCUAAGUGAUCCUCAUUUUCAGACAAGUGAAACUUAGAAUCCCAAAUAAAGAAGAGCAGCCACUGAGACUAAACACUGACCACCGGAGAUUAAUAAAGAAAGUGCUUGCACAGAACUUCACCGAGCAGUACUCACCCUUUACCUGCAUCAACAGUGUUUCUACCCUUAAACAAUAGUGUCUGUGGGCUGUUUGUCCCAUAUAUUAACCUCAAAUGCCUGUUGAAAGUGUUGGCACUUCAACAGACCGAUGAGGUGAGUUGGUCUCAUAAGUCACAGAUACUCAGGUAAUUUCUGGGAUAUUUUGUAAAUCUGGUUUCUCACCUGUUGGUCCUAAACCAUAGUUCCUGGCUUCACUGUAAUAUUUAUUAACAGACAUAAAUUCCUAAUAUGUGUUGUCCUAUUCUUUUUUUUGAGGCCUUGAGUUUGAGUUCACAUUUGUCAGCAUUGUCUUCAUUUUGCAAAAAAACAAACAAAAAAAACCCCUCAUAUCAAUAGACUGAUUUUGUACUGUAGAACAUCACGCAAUGCUUUUGAACCGUCUUUUCGGAUAUGAUUAUGUUAAAGCUAUAGUUGGACAUUUUGGCUGUAGCUUCAUAUCUACCGUACAGACAUGAGAGCGGUAUCGGUCUUCUCAUCCAACGCUCUGCCAGAAAGGUAAUAAGCUUACUUCCCAAAAUGUUGAACUACUGCUUUAAACUCAUUGUGCAGCUCACACACUUACACAUUUAUUUGUCAGUCACUGCACAUUAAUAAUGGCAAUCUAGAGACUUCCCAGAACUUUGAUUACAAGAAACCCGAACACCCUUUUUUCUGAAAAUGCAAUCCACCGAUAAAUAAUAAUAAAUGGGAACGCAUGUAGUUCUCUUUAGCGGUCUUAACAUUAAAAUGAUGUGGAUGCAGUUUCUGUUUUGGUACCAAAUGAAUGCACGGUGUCUCAACAUUAGAUUGAUUCUCGUGUUCACAGCAGGUGUGACAUCAUUUCACCCGUGGCCCAGUUCUACACAGAGCAGUUUUAAAUGAGAUACGACUCGAUCUCCAACAUGCCAAUCCUCGAUACGAGACAAUGAUGUUGAGCUUCCGAAUUUCACUCGCUGCGUUAGUCUCUGCUGGCUGCCAUUUUCCACAACAGACUCCUGAACCUUAUUGUUUUCCUACAGGUUGAUUUGCAUCACUCCACGUGAACUAUAGAAAUGUUUAAUUAUUUAUACUGCAUCAAUUACUCUUUGGUGACCUUCUAACCACAUUUCCUGACUGUUUGUUAGUGAACCUUUGGGAAUUCUUCUUACGCAGUAUGAUUAUGAGGGGAAGUAUUUGGUCAUUUGCAUAAACCCCCCCCCCUCAAGAUGUUAUAUUUAGCUCUCUUCCAAUAAAUGUAAAUAGUAGCAUAUUAACUGGCAUACUUUUUAGGGCUUACAGAGCUGUACCCAGGCCCUUCAGGCUGGUGGAGCAGCUGCUUGAACCAACAACUCGCUCUCGGAGUAGGAGGAGGUUUUUCCACGGCCCCGCCACGUUUUGUGCUCCCUUUAUGUCAAGACAUCUGAACCACUCCGCGUUUUAAAAUUCACCACACAGCACGUGUCGCCUUUUUGUUUUCUCCUUUCGACUGCACACAGUGGCUGCUGCAUUUAUGUAUGAGUACACAAGGGCAGGUGUGAAAGCCACGAUUGUUUAAGUUGAAUCUGAGGCUUUCACAUGCGUUUUAUGGCUCACUGAGGACCGCCAAGAGGAAAUGAAUCUAGUUAUGUAAGCGGUUUCUAAGCUGUAUGCACUGUGGGUCAUUUAAAUUCUAGCUGAUGUGAGAAGUAAUGUGAAGCUGUGCUCUCUGUCUUAACAUUUCCUUUCACAGUCUGAUGAUAGCGAAGCUUGUCUGUAUCGAGGGCAUUACAAUAUUCACUUAUUCACCAUUUUGUCUGAACAAACCAGUCCAGGCUUGGACAGUACUUCUUCUGUGGUAUGGAGAGGUUACACAGCCUCAAGAUGCACCUUCUACAUACAGUAUAACUUACAGGAGAUAUCAUUGUGCAAAACAGACAAAACUGUGUUUUUGAUCAUAUCUGUCGAGAAUGUCCCCAUAAUUCCUGCUGUAUCGACUAACAUUAGUGCAGAAAAAGACAGAACAAGAACUCGCAUUUGUCGACAUGUCCAGGACAAACUGACCUGAGAGUUUUUCUUUGAGACGUGGGAGCACUUUAUGGACAGCAAAACAUCAUGGCCGACUUAACUGAUGGCUCCAGGCAAAUGAAUGAGCAGAGUUUGGCACUUUGCCUCAAGCAGAGGACACUCGCGGGACCAUUAUAUAACCUUCAUGUGCACUCUAUCUCCAGACUUUUGUGCUGUCAGUUGUCUUGCCGGCUAUAUUUACAUGCUCUCUGUACCUGAGAAAUAUGAGAUGUAGCUCAAUUGUCAAUAUGUGCACCUGUUGUUUCUAGAUGCAACUGGCUGCCUGGUUCUACCUACCAUGGUUUGCAUGUCAACAUGUUAAUAAAAAUUGUCAAAUUAUGAGCCA